GUGGACGAGGGAACGCGCGCACCGGGAAGGGCAAUGGCGCAGGGACGGUCCUAGCCCGGCCUCCGCGCAUCUCUCGCUCUCACCGGCUGUCGGUCGUCCAAACGGCUGGCUAUCAUUGGACCUUGCCCUCGGCGCGGGAGACAUCAAAACGGGUCCAGGAUCGCAAAUAUGAUUCUCUCUGAAGGGGGCUUAGCGUGAUAUUAAAGGGACGCGCGCCCGCGGUGACCGGGUUGCGAGACCAACAUCCCCUGUCUGCCCAACGUCCUCUCCUUACCAUAUCACAGUCGUCUCCUGGGUUAUUUGGACCACAAUGUGGAUCCUUUCGUCGGGGCUUUUGGCGUUGUCGUUGGGUGCAGUCGGUCUGGCGCGGCCGGACCCUGCAGCGCUCGGACUGUCCCCGAGGCAGACCAGCACGACCGCAACGGGCGAGUCGAAAUGCUUUGUAAACCUGAUGUGCAUAUCCGGCGUCCUGAACGGCUCGACAGUAGAGUACACUCUCCAAUCCGCCGGGAGCCAGAAGCCGGGAUGGAUGGCCAUGGGCUUCGGCACGCUCAUGUCCAACUCCCAAAUGGUCAUCAUGUGGAGCAACUCGGACGGGUCCGUCACUCUCUCGCAGCGCACCGCGUCGGGCGAGUCGAUGCCCAAAGUCGACCCCUCGCCGUCGCGCGUCGCGACGCUCCAGACCUCUCUCAGCACAACCUCGGGCUCGAACCCCAAAUUCGUGUACACCGUUCCCUCAGACUCGACCACGAAGCAGAACAUCAUCUGGGCGUUCGGCACGCAGAACCCGGGCAACGCCGCCGAGGACGCGACGAUCAUCCAACACAUCAGCUCGGGCAUGAGCACGCUCGACCUCUCCGCCACGCUCACCGGCGACCCGACCUCACCCGCCGCGCCCUCCACCACCUCCUCUACCUCCUCCUCCGGCUCCGGCUCCGGCUCCGGCUCCGGCUCCGGCUCGACUAAAGGCGGGUCGGGAUCGUCGAGCUCAGGAGGAGCGUCGAGUCUGCCUUUUGCGCCGUACCAGCGCAUGAUCAUCGCCCACGCCGUCUUCAUGGCCUUCGGCUUCCUCAUCGCGCUCCCGACCGGUGCGCUGCUGGCUCGCUAUCUCAGGACGUAUUGGCCUGGCUGGAUGGGCGCGCACGUCUUCGCGCAGUUCGUGCUUGCGGCGCCGUCCGUGAUCGUCGGACUCGCGCUUGGGAUCAAGGCGGUGUCCACGGCCGGCGCCCCGCACCUCAACGAUGACCACAAGAAAUGGGGCGUCGCGAUCUUCGUGCUGUACAUCGCGCAGUGCUGCGUCGGCAUGUUCAUCCACAAGGUCAAGCCGCGCGACCACCAGUCCCGGCCGCGCCCGCCGCAGAACUACUUCCACGCCGUCUUCGGCCUGCUCGUCAUCGCGCUCGCGUUCUACCAAGUCCGGAACGGAUACAAGACCGAGUGGCCCAUGACGACCGGCCGGGGCGAUGUUCCCGACGCCGUGAACAUCGUGUGGUAUAUCUGGGUCGUGCUGCUCCCGGUGCUGUACCUCGCGGGCCUCACGCUCCUGCGGAGACAGUACCGCCUCGAGCGCGCGAGCCGGACGGGCAGCAAGGAGCGCCCGGCCGACGACGACUACAUGCUCAAUCAGCGCCCGAGCGGCGAGUACCGCGACUACUAGACCCCCCGCUCUCUCUCUCUUUUCGUUCUCGGUGUUUUCUCCAAUGCCCAUGCGUCGAGGCAAAAAAAAAAAACCCCGCGCGUGUGAGGCGCAGAUCUCUCGGGCGUUCUGGGCGUGUGGAAGGGGGGAGAAAGCGGCUGCAUACGGUAAUAUGGACGUUAGAACAUGGACGCGCGCGUGGGGGUUCAUUGGAGAUCCGACGACGACAUCUCUACUACAUAUCGAC